CUGGCUUCCAGUUUGCCCUGGAGUUUACUCAGAGUUUAGGCUCCUCAGAACAACAAAGCUACCAUGGGUCUGGAGAAGUCCCUCAUCCUGUUUCCAUUGCUCCUCCUGGUGGCUGGAUGGGUUCAGCCUUCCUUGGGCAAGGAAACUUCUGCCAUGAAGUUCAAGCGACAGCAUGUGGACUCGGGUUCCCCCAGCAGCAGCCCCACCUACUGCAACCAAAUGAUGCAGAGGCGGGAAAUGACGAAGGGAUCCUGCAAGCCUGUAAACACCUUUGUGCAUGAAUCCCUAGAGGAUAUCCAGGCCGUCUGCUCCCAGGAAAACGUCAAAUGCAAGAACGGGCGAACUAACUGCUACAAGAGCCGCUCCGCCCUGCACAUCACCGACUGCCACCUGACUGGCAGCUCCAAGUACCCCAACUGCCAGUACAAAACCAGCCAGCAGCAGAAGCACAUCAUUGUGGCUUGUGAGGGGAACCCCUUCGUGCCGGUCCACUUCGAUGCUUCUGUAUAG